AUGGAGGCUACAAUAGAAACCAUUCCACCUCCACCAGAACAAGAUGCCUACAGCAACUUAAUACUAUUUCCCGCAAAGGCCACAGAGCUCAACGAGCUCGGUACCGUCAUCUGCCACUCGCACAUACGAUCCCGCCGCUACGAAUCCAGUGCAAUUCCCGACUCUCACUAUGCCAUUCUUUACUCCGACAUCACUCUUCCCGCACAGGAGCUUGGCCUCAGCGCCGUCUAUGCCUUGCAGUGGCUCAAAGACUACGUCUACCACAACAACCACCCUGCACGGCGGACGCAAGAGUUGCCUGAUCAACACUGUCACACAAACCACAGUCGAUACAAACAUACGUUCAGCCAGCACAAACUUGGUGCCCACCUUGUGGCUGGUGAUCUCUACAUAGAGAGGAUUACGCCAAAUGAGGUGACAAGGCUGCUUAUCGCCACGGCGAUUGCGAAGUUCAAUGAGAAACAUUGGAAGGAACGACCGACAACGAGGAUUGAGAGGCGGUGGUGGGUAGAUGAUGCUGCAUGCAUUGCGCUUGCUGAAUCGGUCGACAAGGUGGCGAAAGCGAAGGAGAGGAGUGUGGUUUGA